UCGACGUGUUCCUGGGAACCGAUAAGAUCCCGGAGUCGUAGUGAAACAACCAACGGAGACGUGAAUCAUUUGGUCGAAGAAGAGGACCAAAGCGAAAUUGUCGCGGACCUAACCAGGAUGGACAUUGCACUUUUGAGGGAACAGUACAACUUGACUAAAGAGAAACAAAAGCGACAGACCCUGGUGGUUUUAUUCAGACAAGUAUCAACUGAUGAUGCAGCAGAAAUCAGUGGGCAAGCCCUGGUCAAUGUAGUCCCAGUCAACCAGGAGAUGAAGAGCAAACACGAGAGGAAGAGGUCGGUCUCAGAGGCUGAGAUUGACUUUGUUGGGGACCUGGAGAGAGCCCCAUGGCGCAAACACUUGGGUAUCCACCGACAGACCAACGUUAUUAUACCACCACAUCCAAACCCCACAAUCACAGGCAGUAAUUCUUCUAGUUUUACUUCGCUCUCUGAAGACUUUCCGGAGACUUCCAGUGAGAAGGUCUUUGGGGAUUCUAUUUCUAUCCAUACCGGUAUCAGCAGUUCAGGCUCCCGGAAGUUCUCAGCCCCAGCCGUUUUGUCCAGACAACUGAGUUUUGGGGGGCAGCGGCCGCCUCUUCUCUCCUCUAGCCCCCAUCACCACUACCCCUUCCCCCAAAGAAAAGGGCCCAAGAAGUCGGAAGCUGCUAGGAGACUUGGGAUGUACGCAUCAUUCUGAUCAGAUUCUAUGAGAGGGAGAGAGUCCGUUACAGUUUAUAGUGCAAUAGACAAUGUUUUCUAUGUUUCUGCAGCAUUGAACUAAUCUUGUUGAGUUGCUAUAAAGGACAUUUGGUAUGCAGCCAUGCAAAUAAUGUCAUGUAAGAUGCUGUGCCUUGCCCUAUAUAGGUUAAUAUGUUAACGUUUGAGUUUCAUCAUGGCUGAGAAGGGUAUCCAUCUCCACCCAUUGAGUGAAAUUGUACCAUUGGAUUUUUCUAUUUCUUCUGCAUCCAUGCAUACCAACCAUUAGUCUGUGUGAUUAACGUGGGCUGAGCUAGAGGGGUGUUUGUGAGACAAGGGCGGAUCCCGAAAGGGGCCUGGGGUCUUUUCACAAAAACUUCUGUAGAGUCCGAAUGGUUUGAGCUACAAUCUGUUAAAAGCCAUCUAUGAAAAACUGAGACUCCCACAAACACGCACAUGUUUUGCUCAAGAUUCAUUAGAAGAUCAUAGGAAAUCCCAGGACGUAGUGUCUAUAAUACUGUAAUAAGAUCACAUAAUUUCUGUCACAAACUCCAAACUCCACACAGUUGUUACUGACUUGUUGGAUAUUAAUUUUCCAGUGAGCAAAUUAUUUCUGUACUCAGCAUUCAUAUAAAUUCAU